GACAAGUCUAUUCACAUUCCAACGACUUUCUAUCGACGGGCUACACCACAUACUGUAUUUCCCAUUCCUCCCAUAACACAUGCAGAAUAACGAGCCCGAAUUCGAUCUCGUAGCAGCCCUCGCUACACUGCCCGAAACAGCUAAGAAGUGCUCCAAUCUAGAGAAAGGUCGAUUAUACAACAAGUUAUCCGUCAAAUUGCUCUAUCAAUGCCAAAGAUAUUCUGCUGAGGCCAGACCGGAUAUAAAGAGGAAAAUUGGUAACAUACAAUCUCGUAUCACAAGACUAAACACUGUUGCUCUUCUACUCAUGCAAGAGAAUAAUAGAUCGAGCAAGUGGGACCCCCGAAAGAUAAUAAAAAUGUACUAUCAAAAUCGUGGCUUUGCUGAAGAAUGUCUUGCUGUCUUGAAUUUUGCGAAAAUUACUUCAGAUGAGAUUAUGAGGACGAGAGCGCAAAGCAGUGAAGAUCGUGAAUCACAGAUCAGUAUAACAACGAGCUUCUUCACUGCUAUAGAUAUUGUCACUCAGGGUGAUGCAGAUUUAGAUGAGAAUGAUGGCGAUGGAGCUGAUAUGGGAUCACGACCAGCUGAUGGAAAUCAGACCAAUGAACAAAUCCUAGGACAGGUCCAAAAUUUUGCUCAGGCCUUACAGUCGAUACCCAUUCGUCAACUUGGAACAUCAGACGUCACUGUAAACCAGACUAUCAUUGUCCAAAGCAUUGUAAAUCGGGGUUCCGGGACCACUACGAAUCCCACGAUCAAUGUGGGUGGAUCAAAUACUAGGGGUGAGGCAGUCGACAUACGACGACCGCUUCCCAACUAUCUACAUAAAAUGUAUAUCAAAGCCUGAAACCGUUAACGACCAAAGACGGCAUCUUGUAGCAGUGGACUGAAUGGACACGCAGUGAGACAUUGAUUUCACAGCCAUGGUAUAAUUCUGUCAAAUACGAAACGUUCAGACUACGCCCAAUGGCCUACUAGUCGAGUGUAGUAUCAGCGAGAUGGAGGAUUAAUAGAUUGGUGUAGCCCGGCCAUUGAAACCGCGUUUCUUGUUAAUGUAUUGAGGAUGUCGCUAAAUAUAUUCCAAAUAUAUUCCAGGAUGGAACAGUAAGAC